ACGCCACUCUACGCUACGCGUCCACCCCUCCCCUCGUCGAACUGUCAAAUCGACUAGCGUUGUUUGUAUACGAAAUUUAUCUUCGCUGUUUGGCGUUGCAGGCAAACUCGAGUGUCCCGAUUGAGGUAGCCUGGGUUUCAGGGUCAGGAUGAGUCGGACGAUGGAUGAGAAGGAGGAACUGGUGAAGAAGGCCUUAUUUAGUUUCGUUAGGAAGCAGGUACCCACCGCUCAAUUGAGUUUAAUAGACGACAUUGUGCUCAGUUAUGUAGUGAGUAUGGUAGAAGAAAGUGCAUUGGAAGAGAAUUUAGAUGUGGAUGGACUAUGCGAGAUGGUAUCUGCUUGCCUUCCUGAGUUUUCUACUAUCGAGAAAGAGGCUGUAUCGAAAUGGUUGCUCGAUGUAGAGAGUAAGUUGAAGCAGGAGAGUAAGGAGAAUGAGAAUUGCCAGUCCCACAGUGAUCCGCUGAAUCACAUCAGUCUGGCUGCUCUACUACCGGCCGGUACACAAAGAAUGCGAGUCCAUCAUCUCUCGGAAACGAGUGACGCUGGAAGUGAUUCCAGUGGAGAAUACUUUUCAGAAGAAUCUUCUUGGAAUCAGGUGGCUCUACUGCAAGAGAUGUUUCCAGCGGCGAGUCCUGCCGAAGCGAGGCAUUGUUUAGCAGUGGCUGGAGGCGAUAUAGCGAAAGCCGCACAACUCGCAUUACAUCGUCAGGAAGCGGGUCAAAGCAUCGUGAGCAAUCUUACGUUUCUAACGCCCAACGGUCGUAACAAGGCGAGAGUGAACGAUGAGGAGUUGAAGUCUCGUAUCAUCGCACGAUACAGUUAUGUUGAUAGGGACGACGAUUGUCGCGAACACCGUCCAGUCGCGCCAAAAACGGAGCCUAAGAAGUUGGUACGGUAUCUAGACAAUAAGAUCGUAAGUGUAAAGGGUGAACGUUAUACGGAAGUGCGAAGGGGUGGCGAGGAUGAGGAUGGUAACGAAGGUGGUAGGAAGAGAGGCCAUUGCCGCCCGUAACCAGUCCCUUUGCCUCCACCCCCUGAUCCACCCCCUUGGAGGCAUCUAAGAGAUUUUCGAUUAAAUCUUUAACUUAGAUCAUUUCCAUCUUAUCCGUAUAUAAAAGUAUAGACAAAAUAUUGAAUUUAAAAACGUUUGCAUUUCUGUUGGCGUUUCAUUUUCAUAUGCAUCCUGCACAACUUUCGGAGUCUUUCGUGUAACAUUAAUUUAUCACCAUUACA